CCACCCACCCCCUUUUUUUUUUUUUUUUGGCAUGGGCUCCUUUUAAAAUGAAACCUUGGGCGAAGUGGAGGCUUUUUAAAUAAUCCCUAUUUUUUCCCCCCUCUGUCUGCGCCUGUCUGAUGGGUUCCUGAAGCCUCCAGGGCUAGGCAAAGUGUAGCUUCGUAGGGCCUUUAUUUUACUCUCCUUCCUUCCCCAUGGAGGAAAAAAGUCCUCCUCCCCGAGAAACCAUGACCUGAGCUGGGGCAGACUCCCACCCCGAAGAGCCCAGGAUUCCUGCCAAUCUUGGACCCUUCCCAACAAACCAUGGCAUCAGAGGAGGCCUCCCUCCGAGCCCUGGAGAGCUUGAUGACGGAGUUUUUCCACAACUGCACUACGAACGAGAGAAAGCGUGAAAUCGAAGAGCUUCUGAAUAACUUUGCCCAGCAAGUCGGUGCCUGGAGAUUCUGCCUCUAUUUUCUGUCGAGCACGAGAAAUGACUACGUCAUGAUGUAUAGUUUAACAGUAUUUGAGAACCUGAUCAAUAAGAUGUGGCUUGGGGUCCCAUCUCAGGAUAAAACAGAGAUUCGCAGUUGCUUGCCGAAACUUCUUUUAGCUCACCAUAAAACUUUGCCUUACUUCAUCCGAAAUAAACUUUGUAAGGUCAUUGUGGAUAUUGGCCGGCAAGAUUGGCCCAUGUUUUAUCACGACUUCUUCACAAAUAUUUUACAGUUGAUCCAGUCCCCAGUGACAACUCCACUUGGACUGAUCAUGCUGAAGACCACGUCCGAAGAGCUGGCCUGCCCACGGGAGGACCUCAGCAUCGCCCGGAAGGAGGAGCUGCGGAAGCUACUCCUGGAGCAGGUUCAGAACGUCCUUGGACUUCUCACAGGAAUUUUGGAGAGCAUCUGGGAUAAAUACAGUGUUACGGCAGCCACACCUCCGCCAUCUCCAACCUCCCGGGAAAGUGGUGACCUUUUGAGUAGCCUGUUGCAGAGUCCCCGUGCAGCCAAGUUGCUGAACCAGCCAAUCCCCGUCCUUGACGCAGAGAGCGAGUACAUUUGUUCCCUGGCUUUGGAGUGCCUAGCCCACCUUUUCAGCUGGAUCCCGUUGUCGACUAGUAUCACCCCUUCCCUCCUCACCACCAUCUUCCACUUUGCCCGCUUCGGCUGCGACACCCGCGCCAGGAAGAUGUCCUCCCUCAACGGCAGCAGCCAGAACGCCGCCUUGAGCCACGAGCGUGGCCAGCUGGGCGUCCUGGCCAUGUCUUGCAUCAACGAACUCAUGUCCAAGAACUGUGUGCCUGUGGAAUUUGAAGAGUACUUACUCCGGAUGUUCCAGCAGACCUUCUACCUCCUCCAGAAGAUCACCAAGGAGAACAACACCCAUUCAGUGAAGAGCCGGCUAGAGCAGCUGGACGAGAGCUACAUAGAGAAGUUUACUGACUUCCUACGCCUUUUUGUGAGCGUCCACUUAAGAAGGAUCGAGUCGUAUUCGCAGUUCCCGGUGGUGGAAUUUCUCGCGCUGCUGUUCAAGUACACAUUUCAUCAGCCCACCCAUGAAGGUUACUUUUCCUGCUUAGACAUCUGGGCUCUCUUUUUGGACUAUUUGACCAGUAAAAUCAAGAAUCGCUUGGCAGAUAAAGAAGCAGUACUCAACAGGUACGAGGAUGCUUUGGUUUUGCUGCUGACCGAAGUACUAAACCGAAUACAGUUCAGAUACAACCAGGCCCAGUUGGAAGAGCUGGACGAUGAGACGCUGGACGAUGACCAACAGACCGAAUGGCAGCGGUAUCUCCUUCAGAGCUUAGAGGUUGUGGCUAAAGUUAUGGAGCUUUUGCCAACUCACGCCUUCUCCACCCUGUUUCCAGUGCUCCAGGAAAACCUGGAUGUGUAUUUGGGGCUCCAACAGUUCAUUGUCACCUCGGGGACAGGCCACCGGCUGAACAUCACUGCGGAGAACGACUGCCGCCGUUUGCACUGCUCUUUGCGGGACCUCAGCUCCUUACUCCAGGCGGUGGGACGGUUAGCAGAAUACUUCACUGGGGACAUGUUCGCAGCCAGGUUCAGCGAUGCUCUUACCAUAGUGGAGAGGUUGGUCAAAGUGACUCUGUAUGGGUCCCAGAUUAAACUCUAUAACAUUGAAACGGCGGUGCCAUCUGUACUAAAACCUGACCUUAUUGAUGUACACGCACAAUCCCUGGCAGCCCUGCAGGCUUAUUGCCACUGGCUGGCCCAGUUCUACGGCGAGGUUCAUCAGCAGAACCUGACCCAGUUUGUCUCCCUGGUCUCCACUGCUUUGGAAGCGAUUGCUCCGUUGAUCAGUUCUAAGGUGCAGGAGAAGCUGCUCUUGUCAGCCUGCCAUCUGCUCGUCUCCUUGGCCACCACCGUGCGGCCCGUGUUUCUCAUUCGAGUCCCAACCGUGCAGAAAAUGUUCAACAGGAUGACCGACAGCUCUGCUCAGCGCCUUUCGGAUAAGGCCCAGAUCCUCUUGUGCAGGUCGCUGUCAAACAUUCUGCUCCUCCCGUGGCCAAACCUCCCGGAAGCUGAACAGCAGUGGGCCAUUCGUUCAACUAACCAUGCCAGCCUCAUCUCGGCCCUCACCAGGGAUUACCGCAGCCUGAAAUCCAGUGCCAUCUUGCCCCAGAGGAAAAACCAGCAGGACAAUACAAAAGUCCUCAUCCACCAGACUCUGAGUGUCCUGGAAGAUAUUGUGGAGAGCGUCUCUGGGGAAGCCACCAAGUCCCGCCAGAUCUGCUACCAGUCACUGCAGGAGUCCGUCCAGGUGUCCCUUGCCCUCUUCCCAGCUUUCAUUCAUCAGUCAGAUGUAACAGACAAAAUGCUAAGCUUCUUCCUGACCCUGUUCCAAAGUCUGAGGGUGCAGAUGGGGGUGCCUUUCACCGAGCAGGUGAUACAAACAUUCCUCAACAUGUUUACCAGGGAGCAGCUGGCCGAGAGCAUCCUCCACGACGGGAGCACCGGCUGCCGGGUGGUGGAGAAGUUCCUGAAGAUCCUUCAGGUGGUGGUGCAGGAGCCCGGCCAGGUGUUCAAGCCCUUCUUGCCAAAUAUCAUCGCACUUUGCAUGGAGCAAGUCUACCCCAUCGUUGCUGAGCGAUCUUCUCCUGAUGUGAAAGCUGAACUCUAUGAGCUUCUUUUUCGGAUUUUGCACCACAACUGGCGAUACUUCUUCAAGUCCAACAUCCUGGCCAGCGUCCAGAGAGGAGUAGCCGAGGAGCAGAUGGAGAACGAAGCCCAGUUCACUGGCAUUAUGCAGGCAUUCGGCCAGUCCUUCCUGCAGCCGGACAUACACCUGUUCAAGCAGAACCUGUUCUACCUGGAGACUCUGAACACCAAGCAGAAACUGUACCACAAGAAGAUCUUCCAGGCGUCGAUGCUCCUUCAGUUCGUGAAUGUGCUGCUUCAGGUCCUGGUCCACAAAUCCCACGACCUCUUGCAGGAGGAAAUCGGCAUCGCGAUCUACAACAUGGCCUCCGUGGACUUCGACAGCUUCUACUCGGCUUUCCUCCCGGGGUUUUUAGCCGGCUGCGACAGGGUGGACACCAACCAGAAAAACGUCCUGGGGAGGAACUUCAAAAUGGACAGGGAUCUGCCAUCUUUCACCCAGAAUGUGCACAGGCUGGUCAACGAUCUGCGCUACUACAGACUCUGCAACGACAGCUUGCCCCCGGGGACCGUGAAGUUGUAGCUGCCGGCAACGGACUCAGCGUUUCCAAAUCUCUGUUAAGGAGUGGAUCUGGCGUUGCCGCUGCCUGCGACCUCGACAGGCCCUUCGGGGUGCAGAGCGCCCCCCCCCUUACAAACACACACACACGUGCGUGGGCCAGGCACGGAAGGCAGAGGCCGUGCUCCUCCCUUCGUUUGGUCCCAUCUCGACUUCACACCUGAGUGGGCCACUCUUUCUCCCGCCGGGACUCCGAAACCCGGAGAACGGCUGCUCGUCCUGGCCAGCUGUUUGUGUCUUAAUACCGUGGCGUUCAUUCAAGUCUGCAGGUUCUGGUGACUCGGCUUGGGCAGCAAAUCAUGAGGCCGAAACGCCAAAGUCUACUUGAGGGGGGGGGUCUUCCCACUUUUCAUGCCAUUCCACCUGCUGCCUCCGUUCCCCGUUGCUGAGAGGAUGGGGUCCCUCCCCAUCGCCCCCCUCCCGUGUGCUGUUUUUUACAAUGCCUUGAACCCUCCCUGCCCUUGGUGGAGAUUGGAAGAGGGAGAGCGCGCGCGAGAGAGAGACCAACAGACCGACUUCUGUUUCUUUUAUUAUUAUUAUUAUUUUUUAAAACCGUGGUUUUGUUUUAUUUUCCUCAUCAUUCCAUUGUGAUACUAAAAUGUGCUUAAUGGAAAUAAAAAUGCUUACUUGGUUGUUUUAAACA